AAGGCCCCUGUCAUCAAGGACAAGUCCACCAGAGGUGUUGUGGCCUUGGCUGAUUUCCCAGCCGGUUACGAUGAAAAGGUGUUGGGGGUGGUCAAGUUUACCAACCCUUCGGGAACCGUCAAGGUGCACGUGGAUAUGACGGGCUUGCCAGCUCUGGGUGGGCCUUUCUACUACCACAUCCACAAAGACCCAAUGCCAGAUAACGGCGACUGUCUUGCCACUUCCACCCACUUCAACCCAUAUGAUGCUCCCGCUGACUGUGACUCGCAGAAAAACGAUGCCUACUGCCAGGUGGGUGACUUGUCUGGGAAGCACGGCUGGAUCAACACCACCUGUUUUGCCCAGGACUACGACGACAAGUACUUGUCCUUGAAUCCAAAGUCGCCUUCCUACAUCGUGGGCAAGUCCAUCAACUUCCACUUCGCCAACAACACCCGUUUCGCGUGUGCUAACAUCAAUUUG